AUGGAACAACGCAUCGGCAUGGCCGUGACGAGGUUCCGUGUAGAACAUCGCAGGAGGUCACAAGGUAAGUGAGCAAGUAAACUUUGCCCUUGCUCUGCUUGUGCUUGUUGUCUGAUCUCUGUCUGCUUGUCUGUGCUUGCCCAUGUUGAAAGUUAAAUCCCGUUUGUUUGGGUUUCCUGCAUGGUAUCUGCUACUUGUUGUCACUGAAUGCUUGUUUUAAUGAUAAUAAUAAUAAUAACUUGAUUUAAUGCCAGUUAGCAGGCAUUGUCAGGGAAGCGUUAAACACAAAUCCGGCCAUCAGUGAAAAAACCUCCUGUCGAAAAGGAAUAAAAAUAAAGUUGAUGGUGGUUUUUAGAAAAACACUGCUGACCGCAAACUGUCGACACUCCAGAAGGGAGGGGGUGCACGAUAUAAGAUCUCAUCAGUCGCCAAUUACUUUCAUGAAGUUAGGGUUAGUCCAACCAGAAGUGCCGAAGAACAGCUGUCGCUGUUAACCAAAGAAAUUGUCCCUGAAGAGACCGCCCAUAGUGGUCAGAGACCACAAACGCCAUCGCUCCGGUACAGUCGUUCAGUGGAUUCCACACUCAAAAUUUGUGGCAGCUUUUCUGAAUGCAAAAAUCGAGUAAUAAUUCUCUUAAAUAAAGGAUAAUUUUGCAGAGUUUUCGCACUCAUGGGUAGUUUAUUCCAAAUAGCAAUUGCAUCUACAGAAAAGAACCGAGGAUAUUUAACAGUACGUGCCAGAGGCAGAAAUAAGAAGACCUCACGAUGACUGUUAAGUCGCGGGUGGAUAUGAUGUCUUAAAGAGGUGAGUGGGUUAAAUGUGUGAUAAUGUAAGAGUUUAAAUAGCAAAAAUAGUCCCUUUUGCAAUGUACGGAACAAUAAAGGAUCAGGGCCUAUAAGCCGGCAACGUUCUUGGUAAGACAAAUGUUGGUGUUCCGGGGUUAAAAUUCUCUUGGUAAAAAAGUGUUGAACGGAUUCUAGUUUCUUCCGCUCAGUAGCACGCAUGAGGCUAAAUAAAAACGAACAGUAUUCCAGGCCAGGUCUAACGUACAUGUUGUAAAGCCGCAAUCUGAUGGCCCUUGUUUUAAAGUUUCGGAGAAUAAACCCGGUCGUUAUACGUUCUUUGAGAUUACAAAGGCACAGUGCUCCGAAGGAUUGGGGCUCUUGAAAUAUGAUACACCCAGAUCCUAAAUAACCCCAGGCACAUUUAUGGCGUGACCGUCAAUGCUUAGUUGAGGUUGGCGGUCGUCGCCAACCACCAUGACUGAGCACUUAUGCCAAGAAAGAGAAAGGCGUCAUGUGCGGCACCACUGGGCAAAGGCCCGCCGGUCCCUCUUUAAGAGUUCAAGUACGAUGUCAUGAUCUGCCGGCUUAUAUGGAUGUGCAAACUUCAGAUCAUCGUCAUACAUGAAAGGCCUACCAUUCUGAAAUAAAUCGGGUACAUCAUUAACGAAAAGGCAAAAUAAAAGCGGGCCGAGUACACUACCCUGAAUGACUCCACUCCUCACACGUGUGGGGUUGGAGGUAGUAUUAGAAAUCUCAACUCUUUGGGUACGAGUGCCCAGGUAAGAGGAUAUAAAAUUCAAAGGUUUUUCACCUAUUCCGAAAGAGGACAGUUUCAAGAGAAGAAGAGCAUGGUCAACGCGAUCAAAGGCCUUAGUGCAAUUUCAAUUUCAAUUAUUUUUAUUAAAGACCCGUCGGGGUCCCAUCAAAGCAAGUAAAAAUAAAUUUACAUGCGAAUUUUAGACGAGGUAGGCAAAAUCUGUACAAGUGCAAUACAUAUUUUUUGAGAUUAGAAGUCCGUUAAGCAAAAUGAAAAAAACGAGGGGUGAAAAAAAACUCCAAAGCAAAAUUUAAAAAUGAUUGUAAUAAUUUAACAGGAGAAAAAAACCCUCAGAAAAAUAGCAUCAGAAAAAUACCGGGAGGACUGGCCUGCAUUUGGCGGUACAGAAUGGAAUAUAGUCCGACAUCAACAUGGCCGAAAUAAAUGUCAGCUGUAUAUGGCAUUGUGUAACGGAUUUCAUAAAAUGGUACGUAGGCGGGUCGGUCAGGACUGGCCUGUAUCACCUUGAAUAAAAAAAAUAAGUGGCGAAAUUGAAAACCAGUCUCGAGCUGAUAGGAACCCAGAUGCGGUAAGUUUCAUUCAACCGAGUCCAUCCGAGCAUGGGGGGAGAUGCGACCAGAUUACUAGUAUAUGGCGAAUAAAGAGGGCUUUGUCAUGACCGCCGAUGGAGCGCAUUAUGUAAGGGCACGAUGACAACCAGUCUCGAGGCGACAAGAACCGAGAUGCGGUCGGUUACAUUCAUCCGAAUCCAUCCGAGGAUGGGGCAAGGGAGAUGCGACCAGACUACUAGUAUAUGGCGAAUACAGAAGGUUUCGCCAAGAGCAUCGAUGGACCGCAUUCUGUGAGGGCACGAUGCAUGAACUGAAAAAUUGGAAUAAUUAACAUUUCUGGUGAGGGAUCUCAGGAAGCGAGACUACUCAUAAAGGAAGGAAAUGUUAACAGAUACGGAAAUUUAAUGGCGGCAUACUAAAUUCCCGGUGGCCCUUUUUCACUGUCAUAGAAAAAGUUGUCUGGGAAGGAUGAGGAAAAUAAAAGUUUAAUCGAGUCGGUAUUCAGAUAAAGACGUAGCCUUCUCUUAAAGGUGUGUAGAAUUUCUGAAGAUCUUAUAUUUAUUGGAAGGUUAUUCCAGAGGAAAGUAUAUCUGGAAGCGAAAAAAGGGAGCGCUUAGAGGUGGAGGACGCUAGAGGAGGUAUAAUUAGAGACCAGUUGCGAAGAUUGUAUGGGCGACUACCAGGGGUGAGUGCUGAAAUCCGAGGAAAAUUUGAACUAUGAUUAAUGCGAAAGAGGAGCCAGAAGCCCGCUUCUAGUCUUCGAACCCAUAAAAAUUUUAGGUUAAUUAGCUGGCAUCUAUCUGAGUAGGCGAUAUUGAGAUGUUCCCUACCUAAAAGUUUUUUAGAAAAACGUAUUUGGACAUUUUCAAUUUUUAAACGACUAGCUUCAUUCAUCAAACCAAAGAAUGGGCAACAAUACUCGGGAAUGGGAAGUACAAACAUACGAUAGAGCCUUAAUUUAAUUUCAGGAAGAUAGAAAUUGUAAGAAAUAAAGCCACAAAUCUGGGCAGCUUUGGCUGUAAUUCUGUCAGCGUGCGGCGAGAGAUCAAGAUUACUAGUGUAGCUUAAACCUAAAUCCUUGAUGGUGGUACAUUCAGUCAUGAGUGUGCCUUGAAAGACCACAGGUUGGGGUAGCCUAUCAGGUCCAAAACACAUAUAGUGACAUUUAGGCGGAGAGAAUUGCAUUAGCCAUUUUGAGCUCCUGGCUGAGAGAGGAAGCAAGUCAGCAUGGAUUUGCUCCAGGCAAUGAAGGCUCGUAGAUUUAUUGAAAGAAUAUACACAUUUGAGAUCAUCGGCAUAAAUAAAUGAUUGAGAAUUUUUAACUGCUGCUGAAAUAUCAUUUAUGUAAAGCAAGAACAAAAGAGGACCUAAAACGGUACCUUGUGGGACACUAAUUACAAUAGGGCCUUCACUGGAAAGUGAAGAUCCCACCAAAACCUUUUGUUUACGAUUAGACAGGUACGACCUGAGAAAGUCUAUUAGUGGACUGCGAAUUCCCAUAGCUACCAAUUUAAUCAGGAGUCUUUUAUGUGGCACUUUAUCAAAGGCUUUACUAAGAUCAAAAUAUAUAACGACAACAGAUAUGUGAUCAUGACGAAGAGAGGUAAGUAGAUCGAGAAACGACAGAUGACAUGUUUCACAAGAGCGAUCUGGUAAAAAACCAUGCUGGGAAGGGCUAAUAACUUGAUUGGCUAUGCAAAAUUCGGUAAUUUUUACGGCGAUAAUUUUUUCGAAGAUUUUGGCGAGAGAGGGUGUUUUAUGGACACCUCGAUAGUUCUGUACGUCAGAACGACAUCCAGACUUAAAUACUGGAAUAAUAAUAGAAGUUUUCCAAUAGUCAGGGAAGAAGCCAUUUACGAGAAAUACUGAAAAGAUUUUGCUAAGCAGAGGAGGAAAAUCUCUUAGCUGUUUUAUCAAAGAGUUUGGGAUAUUGUCCGUACCUACUGAGUGAGAGUUAGGAAGAUGACUUAUCAGUUUUUGAAUACAUUCAGGAGAAAAAUUAAUGAAGCUAAGAGAAGCAUCAGACAACGAAGGAAUUAAAGGGAUCGGAUCAGUUUCAAUGGUGAAAUGCUUGGCAAAGAACGAAUUUAAAAUUUAUGCUUUGCCUGACUCCUCUGUAAUGAAGGCAUCACUUGCACUAAGCAAGGGCGGAAUGACUUGGUGGGACUUAGCAGAUGAUCUCUGACGGAAGAUCUGAGCAACUGAUUAAGAAGAAUUCACGUCAUUAAUAGCUAAAGACUCUCUACGCCUAUCUCGCUCGAGCCUCAUUUUCGAAGUUUGUUCAAAUAUUUCAGCGAUUCUUAGAUGAACUGAUAAUGAGCUCACAGGAGGAUCUUUAAACUGCUUCCGUAACUUUUUAAGUCUGUUUUUAAGAAAGUGUGGGAUAGCGGUGGAAUUGGCACUCGAUUUGAACAUCUUCCGAGGAAUACGGUCAAGAAGACCUUCUGUUACGCAUUGUAAUCAAUUGUUGAAAAAAUUUAGAUCAUUAUUUGAAAAAAUAUUGUGCCAAUCAAGAGUGCAUGUUAAGUUAUUUACUUAUUCCUUAUUAACAUUAGCAAAGUCAAAAAUACUACGUUUAACUGUUGGCUUUGCGGAAAUUGCAACUGGAAGCGACAAUGGAUUAAUGCAUGAUCACUUGCAAAGAGGUCAUGAUAAAAAUCCAUAGAUAAAGGGAAGGUGCCAUUAGGAAAAAUUUAGUCUAAAACACUAUCGUUUCUGGUCGACGAGUGAACUAAUUGAGUCAGGUUUGAAAAGUAAAUUUUGUCAAGCAGCUUCUGGAAUUUAGGAGGAGAAGUAUGUGUGUGCCAGUCAAUUUCUGGCAAAUUAAAAUCGCCUACGAUUAUCUUGACAUCGAAAGAAGUUUCUGCAAUUUUUUCAAAGAGUUCACAAAGUUGGCUUUCAUUUCCGGAGGAACAAGGAGGAUUAUAUACACAUCCGACUAAGGCUUUCCUAUUUUGAGGAAGGAUUACCGAAGCAAAACAUAAAUUUCCAGAGAAGGAGGAAAUGUUCAAGUUAUAAGGCGAUUGUGCAAGUGAUGCUCUUAUGUAAAGAAGGCAUCCACCGCCGCGUCUGUCGGCACGUUCCUGGCGGUAUAAAUUGAGGCUAUCUAUGUUAAGUGCCGAGUCUGAAAUUAGAGAGUGGGCCCAAGAUUCAGUAAUGCACAAUACGUCUGUGUCAAACUCAACAGCUACACUUCUUAGGUGUGCCAUCUUUUGUACGACAGAUCUUGCGUUGAGAGAGACAAUACUGAGCGUAUUCCUAAUAUGUAGGUUCCGCUCAUUGCUACUUAUAAAAAAGGAAGAGCCGGAGGUGGAAAAUUAAGCUGUUGGAACGAAGCAAUUGGUGGAGGACAAAGUUGCUGCGGUCUAAAAUUUAUGGGGUAAUUACUAGCUAGAGAUGCAGCAUUACGUGGAAAAACAUUUGAGGAGGACCCAGGAAGAGGAAAACUAUUUUGUUGGGUUGGAAAAAUAGGAGACAAGAAAAUAGGAUUUUGGGGUAGUUUAUGUUAGGUGGCGGACGUAAUGGUUUCGGGAAACAGUUAACAUCAGGAAAGGGCUUUAUAUUUUGGGGUGUCAGGCUAGCAGCGGGAUUGGAAAAUUUAUCAGCCAUGCAAUAUACUUGCAUUUUGCAGUCUGAUGUGUAAGAGGGCUUCACAACUGUGGCGUUAAGUUGAGAAUUCAGGAUAGGAACAGGUAAAAACCUCCCUGAACUCUCAUCUAGCUUAUUAGACCUAACUGCAAGGUCAGACCUGAGUAGCCAGGCGUGGGAACGGGGUGGAUUCGAUGUAAGUUUAUUGACCAAAUCACUAUUCUGAGUGCUGGGAGCCGGUUGUGCUUCAAGGACUAGCUCAUCUUUACUGCUAAGAUCAAGCUCCCUUAUAAAUUUGGGAGCCGCAUUUGAACAAUCCUUGCUCCGUGGGGGAGUUUUAAAGAGGCUAGUUUUAACCGUCUCUGUGAUAAUGUGAUCAGCAGAAGAGCUAGAUGGAACUGGGGCCGCUGUAGAUAGUGGGGGGAUUUGGUCGACACCAGAUGGAGAAACUGCUUUAGAGGAAAAAGGCAUUUGAGUAGAAUUCGGGGGUGGCUUUACGUUUGGUAAUGGGGGAGAAACUUUUCGUUGCAGUGGAGUUUGGUCUCGACUAAUAAAAAGUUUAUUUGCCCUGAGAUAUUGAGUCGAGCGCUCCAAAUGGGAGAAAAGAAAAUCCACUUCUAUCGAUGAAAAGAGUUUGACAAGAAUUGGUGGAUUCUUGCUCCUAGAUGAAAGCCUUUUAGCUUCCGCGACCCUAAAGUUGAAGCCGCAUGAAAAAAGGAAAUGAAAGGCGACACUAUUGGCUGUCUACUCUUAGGAACGUUUUUUAAUAUAAAGUUGAAACUUCGUUUGUGCCUGUCUUCAGUCUCAGUCGCAACCAGGUUAAUGAGAGGCAUGAGCUUCUCACACUGCUGAGACGUAAGCGUUGGCAAAUUUCCGUCAAGAAGGGCACCAAGGACAGAAAAAAUUGAUCCGCAACGAGACAUAAAGUUGUUAAAAUCAUCAAGCGCCCCUAGAUCAAUUUUCUUCAUAUGAACAAUGGGGUUCAGAUGAAGUUUAGUUUCCUUCAGAUUUCGACGAAGGGUUGCUUGAGGUUUCAUGCCGAAAACGCAAAACAAGACUUAAGUCCAAAUAUUUAUAUGGAUGAUAACUGCCGAAACUUCGAGGAUAUAUGGAUGAGGCUAUGUAUGAUGAAACGAUUUAUGAAAGCUGCCAAUAUUGGUGGACCAGACAGCACAAUUUAUACUAAGCAAGUUUUACUCAAUACCAGAAUGCAAACUUGAAAAAAGAACGGGCAAAUGACAAUUUCGUAGGUGGCAAAACAGAACUAUGAAUAAAUCUGAAUUGGAUAAUGAGGCUAUGUAGGAUAAAAUAGAUAACAGUAUAAUUCUCAAUAAACUGACGAUGAAAGCCGUCAGAUGGAGACGGUUUAUCGUUUAAAAUAUAAUGGUUAUCUAUAUUUAUACGAGGAAAACCUUUUGUAUAUGCAGGUAAGACUUGAUAGGAUUGAGGCUAUGUUGGGUGAAAAACUGCGACCAUAGAUUUCUGCUUUAUGACAAAUCACAGAAACACGACAGGAAGCGAAGAAGACUUAUGACAAAAAAUAGAAAAUUUUGUCAGGUCUACACUGGAAAACUGUGCAAGGGAUUAAGAAAUUGAAUCCAAAAAUAUAACUUUCACUUAUCCUUUCAAAAUCGUGCUGCGCGCGAAAUAGAAUGUGCAAAGUGUAAAACCAAUGUCCCUAAAUUCGAGGACACAGUCAAAGAAAGAAGGUUGACAGGUGUCUCAAGACCGAGCUUUGAGGAAUCCAUGCUGAGCCGCACUCAGUAGGUUAUUCUCUGUCAUCUUAUCUUUGAUCAAUAUCGCUAAGAUAUUCGAAACUGCGGGGAGGGUGUUUAUUGGCCGAAAGUCACCAAAUGACGCAAAUUUGCCGUGCUUAGGAAUGGGCAAAAUGUGUGAUUCCUUCUACAAGGUAGGAGAAGUUUCACUUUCAAGAGCGAGAUUAAAUAUCUUGCAUAAGAGGGAUGGAAAAAUCGUAUUUGCAUCGGCUUUUAAAAUGCUUACUGGGACACCAUCAGGUCCUGGACUAUAAGAUUGACGGAAACGCCGAAUCGCAACAAUCACAUCCCUCGGCAAUUGGAUUUGCCUUUGACUUAGGCACAUGCUUAGGCGUGCUAGGAGUUGCUGGGGAGUCGAUAGAGGCGUGUUUAUACCAGGAGUGAUGGUAUGUUUAAAGAUCUCAGCACCAAGAACAGUCGAAUUUCCCUACGGAAUUGACUAUGUCGUGACGUGCACAGGCCGCAGAUGAUGUUGUAGAAGACUUAUUCAAACUGACAAUAGGUGUCAUCAUGUUGGUGUUGGUUUUUUGAAAAGUUCAGUUUGGUCAGUCUUCGCUGCAGGGGUGUGAGGUCUGGCGAAACGGAGCAGUGCCAUUUACGGCAGAAUUAUCUAGUUAUCUCCCUCCUCGACGAGAUAAAAUCGACUUCUAUCAAGGAGAGAAGCGUAACUAGUAUCGGCGCAUUACGGCGGAGCGAGCGCAGUCGUUUAUCUUGCGCGACACUGAAACCCAAGCCACAACAUUGCAGGAAUAAAUGCGUCCCUCUAUAGCAGAUAAGUGACUCCGAAUGUUUCACUGUACAAAAUUAUGCCUGCGUUUUAUUCUCUCCUCAGUUUCAGAACUCAUUACUCUAUAAAGUUUAAACGCCUGUUCAAUGACUUUUUCAGAAGUGCUGUUUAAGUCGCCAUAUAUCUAUUGCUCGAGCAUUUCGUCGGCUGAUGAAUGUUUCGCAGUACAAAAUUAUGCUUACGUUUAAUUCUCUCCUCAGUCUCAGUACUUCUUACCCCAAUAAGUUUAAAAGCUUGUUCAAUGGCUUUUUCUUCUGAUUGUCAGAGACCGUAAUUAAUGUAAAUAAAAUGUCGUCAUAUAGAAUAUGCCUACAAAUCGAAUUUAUCUCAAUAUCCAGUAAAUUUACAGAAAAACAGGAAAGCAAGGCAUCCUGACUGUCUACCAUGCGCUUAACCGUCGUUGUUGGCAGUCCCACGAUAACAUGCGUUAUUUUCUAAGUAACGCAAAAUCGUGGACAAUAGUGGAGUUAAGUCGCGUCGGCACAACCGGCCUUGCUCACCUCCGCUAGGAGGAAGGGAUUAGAAAAAGUGCCCUAAAGGUUGCUGGGGAUCCACGUCGUCCGCAGAUUGACCGUGUUUGCAGACGCUAAACUCACGGCCGAAACAACCAAAAUCCAAACAACAACAACAACAAAAACAAUUACAAUAACGCUACUCUCUCUCUCCCUCCUCCACUUCCUACAUCUUAUUCCUCUUCUUCUCUUUAUUAUUAUUCUUCUUCUCCCCCUCCUUCCCGCCGCCACACUCGCCAGACUGGCAGGGUGAGCCCGCUCACUCUGGCAGCCUGGAAUGUUCAUUCCCUUUUAGACAAUCCGAGGAGCAACCGACCGGCUCGGAGGACGGCGCUAGUUGCUCGGGAACUGGCGCGCUACAAGGUGAACAUCACCGCACUCAGCGAGACCCGGUUCUCCGAGCAAGGCCAACUGGAGGAGGUAGGUGCCGGCUACACCUUCUUCUGGAGCGGUCGCCCCAAGGCAGGGCAAGGGGACGCGGGUGUCGCCUUCGCCAUCCACAACGACAUAGUGAGAGAGGACUGCCCUGUCUGCCGCAGGACAUCAACGAUCGUCUGA